UUCGUUCCACAAGAAAGCAGCCCCGUUGCGUGAUCCGCGUUAAGUAAGCACCUUUCACGUUGGGGGCAAAUCGCUUUAAAUACUUGGGCGCAGACUGCAGAAGUUAUCAGUUCAGAUCAACAGCACAAACAUGAAAUACAUCAUUGCUUUCGCCAUCCUCGCCUCUGCAGCUUAUGCCCAGAUCGGUGAUUAUGGACACCACAAGCAUUUGGAAGAGUACAAAGAUUUCCAGUCUCAUCCUCAUUACAACUACCAUUACGGAGUGCACGACCAACACACCCAUGACGUGAAGGAUCAGUGGGAGGCCAGAGAGGGACACAACACCAAGGGAUCUUACAGCUUCUUGCAACCGGAUGGUAGGAAGCGUAUCGUUGAAUACCACGCCGACAAGCACGGAAUCCACUACAACGUCAAGUUCGAGGGUCACGCCAAGCACGAGGAAGGUAAGCGAGGAUACGAGGUGCACGGAAAGUCCAGCAGUCAGCAGUACGCCCACGCCGAGACCAACUACCAUGGACCCACACAUCAUGGAGGCGGUGGUGGAGGAGGUGGAUAUUGAGAGAGCCAUACAAAAAAAAGAACACGACUUCUAUGCCAUCUUUUGUAACCUUUUGUUAUCUCCUUUAAUUCUCGUAUAAUGUUUUUUUUUGUUGCUACAUGUAUAUAGUUUAAUCGUCUUCCUAAGCUUCCCUCGACUUUAACUCUACCACCAACCCUCAGCCCCCACCCAA